AUGAGCAGCGAGAUGGAGGAGGUUCCUUUGCGGCCGACAGGCCACAUGGAACGGUUUAACAUCCUCCGAAACCACGUGAAAUUCUACAACAAGUUCGGCGUCACGGCCUCCUACACCGUGGCCCGCUCCCUGCUCGCCAGCAACAGUCUGGAGCAAGUCAUCUACGCAGCUCUGCGAGAGGUGUUGAACCAGCAUCCUAUUAUGGGUGUCACGGUGCAAGAUGAAGCGGCCAUCGAGCCGAAAUGGAUUAGGUUGCCUACGGUGGACUUUCGCAGACUCGUGAAAGUCGUGGACGCGGACUUGGGGGCGUCGUGGGAUUCGUGGACUCGAGAUGCGCUGCGGGCGCCUUUCGUGGUUGUGGAUGACUUGCCGAUGUGGAGGAUUGUGGUGGCCAGGGGCAAAAGCACAGGCAAAGAUGCCGAGACGUUCGCUGUAGGUUUCUUUUGUCACCACGCCAUCGCGGAUGGGACUUCGGCGGGCGCUUUCCAACUUACUUUCCUGGAUGCACUGAAUGAGUUGAUUGAGGGCAAAAUUAAGAGUGUAUCUGAUAUUGAGGAAGAAGCAGUCAUCCCAGUUCCAAAACUCCCGCUUAUCCCGAAUAUGGAGAUGAAGACGGCGCUGCCAGUUGGAAUAUUCUUCGCCCUCAAGAAGAUCUUCAGUACCUACGUAUGGUCAACGGAAGAUCCUUUGAAUUGGUCCGGGUCUCUUAUUAGUGCUGAGGCCCCUCGACCUCCCAUCAACAACCUCAGAAGCUUCUCACUCUCAUCAGACGUGGUCGGUGCCCUGCUGAAGCGUUGCCGGAAGGAAAACACGAGCAUAACGGCACUACUCACCAUUCUAGUUGCCAGAAAACUAGCAGUCAUGUAUCCUUCCUACACGCACUUCACGGGCAAUAUCCCGUUCUCCCUCCGCAAAUUCACGGGGCAUUCAAACCGAGACAUGGGCUGUUAUGUCUCGAACCUAACGCCGUACUUUUCAUCCCAGGAGCGCCCGCCUUGGGGAUACAUAUCCUGCCGCUCGAUGUCUAGCGACAAACCUGAGCAAGAUGAUGGAAAGCUGUGGGAAGGGGCAAGAGCAAGUAAAAAGGAAAUCGAUGAAGGCACGGCAACGGCAUCGGAUCAAAACGUUGGGAUGUUAAAAUUCGUGUCCGACUAUAACAAGUUCUUCUACGGUAAGUUGGGUAAAAAGAGAGAUCACGCGUUUGAGGUUACGAAUAUUGGGGUUCUAGAUGGUGGGGUGGGAGGGGGAGGAGGGGAAGAGAAGGCGUGUUUUGAUCGCGUGCAGUUCUCGACGGCGCAGUGCACGUAUGCAGAUCCCUAUAUAUUUUCCAUCGCGUCAGCGAAGAACGGGUUCAUGACUGUAUCGUUGAGUUGGGCGACUGGGGUUUUAGACGAUGAUGAAGCGGUGGAAAUGAUAGAGUGGUUGGAAGGUGCUUUGAAGGGGUUGAGUGAAGCAUAG